UUCUGUCCCUACAUAUAACCGCCUGCAAACGCCCUACGAGUCUCUAACCGGAUCAGUCAGUGACUGGGUGAAACUCUCUUCUCCGCGUUGCCAGGCACAGCUGUAUUUAGCAGUCACCAUCUGAACCUGAGCAGAUUACAAAUCUGUGCUUGCCACCAGGGUGAGAGCUCUGGAGGUAGCAAGAACGGUGUCUCUGCGGAGCCAGCGCCCGAGUCCCAGUCAGCCUCCAACCUAUCUUCCACGCUGAGGUAAACGCCCCUCCUUAGGUUGUAGGUGUUCUUCCUUAAAAGAACGGUUCCCUUCCCGCCCAGGAAAUUUGAGCGGCUCGCAUCUUCAAGGGUUGGCUCUGAGAAAAGCGAUGCAAUAUCAGCCGGUCCCGAAACACAAGAAAAGAAAUUCUGUAAAUCAGGCCAGAAAACGCCACCAGAAACCAGACUCCCAGGAAAACCAAUAGAGUGGGAACCAACGGAGUGGGACGUGCCAGGGAAGUUGACGACACCGGAAGUCAUGUGGCGCAGGUCGGCCCGAAUCCAUCAUCUCGGUAGUCGAUUUUCAACCUCAUACUGCUCUGGCGGGCUCCUCUGAGAUCCGCUGUUCGGUGCUCAACUCGCCCGUGCUGCUGCCGUCGCCGAAGGAGGGGCAAAGCUCAAGAUGGCGGACAAAACGCCAGGCGGAUCUCAGAAGGCCAGUUCGAAGACCAGAUCAUCAGAUGUUCAUUCAUCUGGAUCUUCAGAUGCACAUAUGGAUGUAUCUGGACCAUCAGACAGUGAUAUGCCAAGUCGGACACGACCUAAGAGCCCAAGAAAGCAUAAUUAUAGGAAUGAAAGUGCCCGUGAAAAUCUUUGUGAUUCUCCUCAUCAGAAUCUUUCAAGACCUCUUCUGGAAAACAAACUUAAAGCAUUCAGUAUUGGUAAAAUGAGUACAGCCAAGAGAACUUUAAGUAAGAAGGAACAAGAAGAAUUAAAGAAAAAGGAAGAUGAAAAGGCAGCUGCUGAAAUUUAUGAGGAAUUUCUUGCUGCUUUUGAAGGAAGUGAUGGUAAUAAAGUAAAAACUUUUGUGCGAGGAGGUGUUGUUAAUGCAGCUAAAGAAGAACAUGAAACAGAUGAAAAAAGAGGUAAAAUCUAUAAGCCAUCUUCAAGAUUUGCAGAUCAAAAAAAUCCUCCAAAUCAGUCUUCCAAUGAAAGACCACCAUCUCUUCUGGUGAUAGAAACCAAAAAACCUCCAUUGAAGAAAGGGGAGAAAGAAAAGAAAAAAAGCAAUUUGGAACUCUUCAAAGAAGAAUUAAAACAAAUUCAAGAAGAACGUGAUGAAAGACAUAAAACAAAAGGCAGGUUAAGUCGAUUUGAGCCUCCUCAAUCAGAUUCUGAUGGUCAGCGUCGUUCUAUGGAUGCACCUUCAAGAAGAAAUAGAUCAUCUGGUGUUCUUGAUGAUUAUGCACCUGGCUCACAUGAUGUAGGAGAUCCAAGUACCACUAAUUUAUACCUUGGAAACAUUAAUCCACAGAUGAAUGAAGAAAUGCUGUGCCAAGAAUUUGGAAGAUUUGGACCAUUGGCUAGUGUGAAAAUUAUGUGGCCUAGAACUGAUGAAGAAAGAGCAAGAGAGAGAAAUUGUGGCUUUGUGGCUUUUAUGAAUAGACGAGAUGCUGAAAGAGCUUUAAAAAAUUUAAAUGGAAAAAUGAUUAUGUCUUUCGAAAUGAAGUUAGGUUGGGGUAAAGCAGUACCAAUUCCUCCACAUCCAAUAUACAUUCCUCCUUCUAUGAUGGAACAUACGCUUCCCCCACCUCCAUCUGGACUGCCUUUUAACGCGCAGCCUAGAGAGCGGUUAAAAAACCCCAAUGCUCCCAUGUUACCACCACCUAAAAACAAGGAGGAUUUUGAGAAGACUCUGUCGCAAGCCAUAGUCAAAGUGGUUAUCCCAACAGAAAGGAAUUUGCUCGCCCUGAUACAUCGAAUGAUAGAGUUUGUUGUACGUGAAGGGCCGAUGUUUGAAGCUAUGAUUAUGAACAGAGAAAUCAACAAUCCUAUGUUCAGGUUCUUAUUUGAAAACCAGACACCAGCCCAUGUUUACUACAGGUGGAAGCUUUAUUCUAUUCUGCAGGGAGAUUCUCCAACUAAAUGGCGGACAGAGGAUUUUCGUAUGUUCAAAAAUGGAUCUUUUUGGAGGCCACCCCCAUUAAAUCCGUACCUUCAUGGAAUGUCAGAAGAGCAAGAAACAGAAGCAUUUGUAGAGGAGCCUAGUAAAAAGGGAGCACUCAAAGAAGAACAGAGGGACAAAUUAGAGGAAAUCUUAAGAGGAUUGACUCCGAGGAAAAAUGACAUCGGAGAUGCAAUGGUUUUCUGUCUUAAUAAUGCUGAAGCUGCUGAAGAAAUAGUAGAUUGCAUUACUGAAUCAUUAUCCAUCUUAAAGACACCUCUUCCUAAAAAGAUUGCCAGAUUAUAUUUGGUUUCUGACGUUUUGUACAACUCUUCAGCCAAAGUUGCCAAUGCUUCGUAUUAUAGAAAAUUUUUUGAAACAAAGUUAUGCCAGAUAUUUUCAGACCUUAAUGCUACCUAUCGUACAAUUCAAGGCCAUUUACAAUCUGAGAAUUUUAAGCAACGGGUAAUGACUUGCUUCAGAGCAUGGGAAGAUUGGGCAAUUUAUCCAGAACCAUUUUUGAUCAAACUACAGAAUAUUUUCUUAGGACUUGUAAAUAUUAUUGAGGAAAAGGAAACAGAGGAUGUACCAGAUGAUCUUGAUGGUGCUCCCAUUGAGGAAGAGCUUGAUGGUGCGCCUCUGGAAGAUGUGGAUGGAAUUCCCAUUGAUGCUACUCCCAUUGAUGAUCUCGAUGGAGUUCCUAUAAAAAAUCUUGAUGAUGAUCUGGAUGGAGUGCCUUUGGAUGCAACAGAAGACUCCAAGAAGAAUGAGCCUAUAUUUAAGGUUGCUCCAUCAAAAUGGGAAGCUGUUGAUGAAUCUGAAUUGGAAGCACAGGCUGUAACAACUUCUAAGUGGGAGUUAUUUGACCAGCAUGAAGAAUCAGAAGAAGAAGAAAAUCAAAAUCAAGAAGAAGAGAGUGAAGAUGAAGAAGAUACUCAAAGUUCCAAAUCUGAAGAACAUCAUUUGUACUCUAAUCCAAUCAAAGAAGAAAUGACUGAGUCUAAGUUCUCUAAGUACUCAGAAAUGAGUGAGGAAAAACGGGCAAAACUUCGUGAAAUUGAGCUCAAAGUUAUGAAGUUUCAAGAUGAGUUGGAAUCUGGAAAGAGACCUAAAAAACCAGGACAGAGUUUCCAAGAGCAAGUUGAGCACUACAGAGAUAAACUUCUUCAACGAGAGAAAGAGAAAGAAUUAGAAAGAGAACGAGAAAGAGACAAGAAGGAUAAAGAAAAAUUGGAAUCUCGAUCCAAAGACAAGAAGGAAAAAGAUGAAUGCACUCCAACAAGGAAAGAAAGGAAAAGACGGCACAGUACAUCCCCCAGCCCAUCUCGCAGUAGCAGUGGUAGACGAGUGAAAUCACCAUCACCAAAAUCAGAGCGAUCAGAGCGUUCAGAAAGAUCUCACAAGGAAAGCUCACGGUCCAGGUCAUCUCACAAAGAUUCUCCUAGAGAUGUUAGCAAAAAAACCAAAAGAUCACCGUCUGGUUCAAGGACGCCUAAGAGGUCUAGGCGAUCGCGGUCUAGAUCCCCUAAAAAAUCAGGGAAGAAAUCCAGAUCUCAGUCCCGCUCUCCACACAGGUCUCAUAAAAAGUCAAAGAAAAACAAACACUGACAUCCAUUUUUAACAUGCUGUCCCUUUAUGGAAAUGCGAUUUUGUUUGUGCCUGAAUGGUCUGUUUUUUUAAAAAAAGAACAAAACAAAAAAAUCAAAUGAAAGAGCAUUCCUGGGUUUUUUUUGUUUGUUUGUUGGUGAAUGCAUGUGUAAACUCAUGAGUAACUGCAUCAUCUGUAGACCUGUCAUUGUUUUAUAUUGUAUAAAUUACUUUCAUUGUGGCUGUUUCUCAAGAUGAAAUUUUUACUGUGCUAAUGAAUUUCAUCAGAAAUAUGUAUAAUGGAUCUGCUGGCAGUAGUAGUAUUUUGUUUUAGGAUGUUGUGAUUUAGCAAAGAUAAUACAGAUGUCUUCCCCCCUUUUGUAGCUUUGACAGUUUGAAUUAGAUUUCAAAUAAAAUCUGAACAGAAAACUAUAAUGUUGUUUUUUUGCCCAGUUGAUGGUACAAGUCCCUUAAAGUCCUACUAAGUGAAUUUGGCGCUACCGAUGUGUUUCUUAUAAUGCACUUUAUAAUCUUCAGUGUUUAAGUAGCUAAAGUUUUACAUUUACAAAGAUGGCUAUUGAAAUUAAGGGACCUAAGAUUCCUACUUGAUAGAUUUGCUAACCAAAUUCUUCAAAAAUGUUUUCUUAGAUAAUGCCAGUACUUAGAGAUCAAAAGACAUAAGUGGAUGUGGCAUGGUGUUUUAUUAAUGGAAUCGUGCCUGGCUAAAACAUGUUUCUUUUUUUUCAAGAAGCAAUAUGAUUUCACUACUCUUAACCCUUAUCUUGAGUAACUGCUUAUUUUUAGGAGAAAAUUAAAUCUCUGUCUUUUGACUUUAUCAUGAAAGAAGUUUAUUUAUAAAAAGAAAAUUUCUAAAAAGAUCUAGCCAUAGAAUUCUUUUGUAUGAUAGUUGCCCUUUUAUAAUUUUCUGUAAACUGUUUCAAACACUGAUACUAGAAUAUUUCUACAAAUUUAUGUUUAAAACAGCUUUUAAAAAACUUGGUUUUAGGUCUAGUUUCCAGUAAAAUUUAAAAAUAAAAUGAUUUUUAGGAAAUUUAGCAUCUGAUGGUUUAUGAAUUAAGGUGCAGGAAGUUGAUAUGGAUCGUUUACAGAGUUAAAUUCUAUUAUGAGAAUAAAAUUGCUCCAGUGUGAGUAAGGAAACUUGUAUAAUGUUGAUAAUAUUGCUAUAAAUAAAGGGUUACAUAGAAUUGAA